UGGAUGCGAUCCAGAAGAAGAAGAAUCAGCUCUUUUUACUGUGUCACUUUUUCGUCAUGGCAGCUACCAGCUGGGAAGACUCCGUCAAAUGUCUGAAAGGUGUGAUUUUAGACAUGUGCGGCGUGUUAUAUGAUGCUGGAGAAGACGGCGGCACACCAAUUCCAGGCUCCGUAGAAGCGGUGAAAAGGCUAAAGGCCUCGGACCUGCAGGUGCGUUUCUGUACCAACGAGACCCAGGCCACACGGGAGGUGUUUGUAGCCAAGCUGCAGAGGAUGGGCUUUGAUAUCUGUGUGUCUGAGGUGUUCUCUCCAGCCCCGGCUGCCGUGGCUGUCCUGAAGGAGAGGGGGCUACGACCCCACCUGCUGGUCUAUGACGGUGUUGUCCCUGAGUUUGACAGUGUUGAAAAGGCCAACCCAAACUGUGUUGUCAUAGGAGACGCAGCAGAGAAGUUCUCCUACCAGAACCUCAACGAUGCCUUCAGAGUUCUCAUAGGGCUGGAGAAACCAGUACUGUUCUCUCUGGGCAGAGGGAAGUACUACAAAGAAGAUGAAGGCCUGAACCUGGAUGUUGGGGUUUACAUGAAGGCAUUGGAGUAUGCCUGUGAUGUAGAAGCUGAGGUCAUCGGGAAGCCAGACCCCAUGUUCUUUCAGAAAGUUCUAGAUGACAUGGGGGUUCAGUCACACCAGACUGUGAUGAUUGGUGACGAUCUGGUGAAUGAUGUGGGCGGGGCCCAACACUGUGGAAUGAAGGGUGUCCAAGUGAGGACAGGAAAAUACAGGCCCAGUGAUGAGAAGCACCCCACAGUAACAGCUGAUGGCUAUGUGGACAACCUUGCGGAGGCUGUGGAAACCAUCCUGAAGCUCCGGGGCCAGUGAGGAGAGGACCAGGAAGAACCACCUUCACCACCACAAUACACCACACACACACAGUGAUUACUCUAGUAUGAUCUGACAACAGGGAGUAACCCACUAACAUAGAGAGCCAUGGAGAGAUAGAGCCAAGAUGGAGGAGAUAGAAGAACACAGUCUUAGAGGAGAUAGAGCCAUGUUGGAGCCAAGAUGGAGGAACACAGUAUUGGAGGAGAUAGAGCCAUGUUGGAGCCAAGAUGGAGGAACACAGUCUUAGAGGAGAUAGAGCCAUCUUGGAGCCAAGACGGAGGAACACAGUAUUGGAGGAGAUAGAGCCAUCUUGGAGCCAAGAUGGAGGAGAUAUAACUUAAUAACCUCAUGGUCAGAGGGUAACUAGUUAGGUAAGUUAAUAACCUCAUGGUCAGAGGGCAGCUAGUUAGGUAAGUUAAUAACCUCAUGGUCAGAGGGCAGCUAGUUAGGUAAGUUAAUAACCUCAUGGUCAGAGGGCAGCUAGUUAGGUAAGUUAAUAACCUCAUGGUCAGAGGGCAACUAGUUAGGUAAGUUAAUAACCUCAUGGUCAGAGGGCAACUAGUUAGGUAAGUUAAUAACCUCAUGGUCAGAGGGCAGCUAGUUAGGUAAGUUAAUAACCUCAUGGUCAGAAGGCAGCUAGUUAGGUAAGUUAAUAACCUCAUGU